AUGACAAUCAUUUUAUUAACAUCUGCUCAAUCUAGCCCAAUCCCAAUUGAUGUAUUUCUUGAAGACACAAACAAUUAUCGACCUAAAGGAAAUGCUUAUUUAGCACAAGCAAAACGUAUGGAACAAUUUAAAAAAGAUAUGGAAAAAUUGAUACUAGAAGCAAAUCAAAAUGUACAAAAAUUAGAACAAGCAAGACACAAACGAAAUCAGCAAGCACAACAAGUUUUAAUGGCUGGUGGAAAACUUAAUUAA